AAGAUAUCUGUGAUAGCGGUUCAGCAUUCGCGCGGAAUGCGUGGGCGAAUAAACGCUUCCCGAAUAUCAGUUCGCUGUUAAAUGUUAGAGAGGUAGCAGCGAGUGGUUAUAAAAGUGUUGAGUGCAUUCACAAAUAAAUGAAGCGUGAUGAUUUAUAAGUGAAGUGAUUAGAUUUAAUACUUUGUGUGAAUAUAAAUAAAAUAAAAAUGCCUAUCCUAUUCAGUGCAGUGGCCUGUGAUAAAAACGUUGUAUCGAACUUUGCCAGUUGCGGUGGGAAUUUUAUGGAAAUCAUGGAUCAAGUUUUGACUAAAAUCCCAGAGAAUAAUCAAAAGAUGACUUAUGCACACGGUCAUUACCUAUUUCAUUAUAUUGUUGCGGAUAAAUACUUCUACUUUUGUGUGACUGAUAAGUUGUGCCAGCGGUCGAGAGCGUUCCUUUUCUUAAACGAGAUCCAAAGGAGGUUUAUUGGCAGUGAUAAGUGCAACUUUAGUGCCGUCCUCGCCGAUGAAAUGUACCGGUAUAGCGAAGACUACAGCACUAUCACGAUAAGGAAGGGGGAAUUGGACGAACUGAAUUCCAUUGGAGUCGGUUGUAGUGAAACAUUAUUGGGAGAAAAGAUACUGUUAGUUAACAACGUGGAUAAUUUAUCAUUUAGCACCAUAUCAUACGUUGGGAAAAAUCCUGAGCAAGUUAUAGUAACUGUAAAAAACUCAAGACUGUACUAUAUUAUAGGCGCGGUAUUAGUUCUGGCUUUGGGCAUAGCAAUGUGCAUAUUCGGACCAAUAUCUCAAGUUAUUUUAACUGGAGCAUUGCUAUUUUCACUCUAUCACUCUGUUUUCAAGACUUAACUAGGAUAAUUAACAUAGUGAUAUUAUUUAAUAUAAGGGUUCAAGUUUCUAGUUCUCGCUCACAAUCUAGUAAUAGAUG